UUGCCCAGUUCGGCUCGCCGGGGGCAGGGGGAGCUCUGUCGUACCGACCGAGAACGGCGGACGACCAGGUCGCCGCGGGUUAUCACCGACGGCGGGCGCUGGCGUAGUCGGGCGCAGCGCGAGAGCGAGACAGUGCGCGAGUGGGAGUGCGAGCGGUGCGGUGGGUCAACUCGGCCGUCGUAAGCCGCGGGGAUUAUGCGAAGAUGUAUCUGAAGCGGGCGUCGAAGCUGCUGGACCUCACGGUGUCGCGCACCGCCGCGGACGUGCACCUGCGCGACCUGACGUGCCCGAUAUGCCGCGGCAUCCUGAUCGAGCCAGUGACGCUGCCGUGCACACAUAACCUCUGCCUGCGCUGCCUGCAGGGCACAUUCGAGCACAAUAGCCUGAGCUGCCCGCUGUGCCGCGUCCGGGUGGGCUCCUGGGUGCGCGCCGCCACCCGCUCCGAGACGCUGGUGAACCACGGCCUCUGGGAGCUGAUCAGGUCCAAGUUCCCGAAGGAGGUCGAGAGCAAGCACAAUGGUGAGGAGGGGGACCUCGGCUUGGACGCUGAUUAUGCGGCGAAUAGGAUACUCAGCGCGGCCGGGGAGAUACACCGGGAGUACAAGGCUCAACUUCAAAUGGCCGAGGCAGAGAUGCGACGUCAGAGGCAAGCGGAACAAAAAGCCAGCGAGGCCCUGAUUCAGCAGAUUCAGGCGGAGGACAACCAGUUGUUGGUGCAGCUGGCGCAGGAUCAGUUGCUGGCCAAGAGCCUGGCGAGGCAGCAGCAGAAGGAGGCGGCCAAGUGUUACAACGAGUGCCCGUCGGUGCCGAGUUACGCCUUCAACGAGCCCAAGUUCAACUAUACGACUGUGCGUGUAAAUAAUAUCGAGAUGCCACCGUUGGAAACCGCUCGCUUGGAGGGCAGGCACGUGGGUCUACCCGAGUCUGUCAGAGACAACUCGAAAACGAGGCAAAUGAACAUGUCGUUGUUGUCUAAGAUGGAGAUGUACUCCAACGUAUACGGCUCUAAGGAGGCGAACGUGUCUGGCGCGCACAAGAAUCCGGCCGCGUAUUGCUGCCAGAAGCAGAUGCCCGUCUACAACGCCGUCGCCAAGAAGCAUCAAACUGUGUCCAAGUUCACCCAACCGUGCGCUUCGAAUUACCCCGCGGAUCCGGGCUGCUCCACGUCCGGAGCUUACGCGAUGGAGACUAAGGAGGAGCUGCGAGUACCGAGCGACGUGGUGAACAGCAAGAAGAAGAGCCUUGGGGUGGAGGUGUGCAUGACGCUGGCCGACGACGACGAGAGGAUAGGAAGCGCCGAGAGUUCCGGCAGUCACGACAGCAUAAAUCAGGAGAUCCAUCACUUCAAGCCGAUUAAAACGGUGCCGAGGACGAAAUUGCUAAUUUCUUCAGAUGGAAAACAGGUGGAUCCGAGGUUGAUUAGGGUGAUCCCUAUUUUAAAGAAAGUGUUUAAUGCAGUGCCAAAACCUCCAUCGCCGACAUACGUGAAGCGCAUUGGAUGCUCUUGGAGCGCCUUCAGAGGUAAGAUAAGACAGGACGCGAGGGAAAAGCACGCUGCGCACAGUCUCAAGGAUAAUGCCGGGACAUCAAUUGAUCAGAAGCCGUCGACGUCGUUCACUCAUCCUCAACCGAUGUCGAAUAAGCUGACGACAAAGCCUCAGACAAACGACGCUAUCCGCCGACUCAAUUUUAUACCCGAACCGCCGUUCGAUAGCAACAAAAAUUAUACGAGGAAUGCAAACAAAGCAAUCAACGGCACUAAAGUGAAGAAGAAGUUGUUGGACGACGAGGCGGACGCAAGAAAAACACGCAAGUCUUGGCGGACGAGCGUGCGAAACGGCAUGGUAGCAAAAUCUAAACGAUAUAGGAACCUACGGAGCAGAAAGGAAGCCAGACUUACUGUGACGGACGAUGAGGACGAUCCGGCGGGCUCCAAUUCGUCAUUCAGUAAACCGAGUCCGCAAACCGGCGAGAGAAACGGUGACGAUGACGUGGCCGUCGAAAAUAUAGCGGAACGAAUUAAAAGGAGGAAAGAAAAUGCGGACAAAAAGACGCUGGAACCAGAAAUGGAAUCCAAUGCGUCUAAAAGAAGCAGAAUAGCAACGAGGAAGAAAGCGUCGUCCGAGAGGACAGAGGAGACACCCGCAGUGGAUCGUGCCACGUUCCCGACGUCUCAAGAGAGCGCGGAAACUGACGGGAGUUGCGCGAGAAGGGCGAAGCGGCGAAAAAAGAGCAGGAGCUCGCAAAAUACGGAAGAUCUGGAGAGAAACGAAGUCUCGACGGACGCUGCGUACGUCCCGAGGAAGUCCGCGCGAAACUUAACGAGGAUCUCUUCUAUGGCAAGCGAAUCGGAUGCCGCGCGCAACAAGAGUAACAGCAAGUUCAAUUACGACUCGCCGCCGGAGUCUUGCGACGAGACGGACGAGUGCGCCCCGGAGAGCGACCAUACCGUCGGUAUCUGCGUCGGCAAACUCCUCUCGGACGAAGAGGUGAUCGAGGAGCAGCAGCGCAUCGAGCGAUUGCUGCUGCAGGAACGAGAGGACUUCGAGCUGGCUCGUCGCUUGCAGACGCAGUUCGACGAGAUGGAGCGAAUAGCCGGACGCACUAGACGCUCGAGGCAAGUCGGCGGCGAGAGGAGCGUCAAUGUGAAUUUGCGCGAGAUGAACGCGACGAGGACGGUCCGCGGGACGGGCGGUGCGCGCAAAGCCGCGAAACGAAAAUCGAUGGUCGGUCGAGCCGCGGGCGCCGCGGCUAAGGGUCAGCGCGGCAGGCCGAAACGCAUGAAAAUCACAGUUGACACGCGCGAAGACGAGACGCGCACGCGAUAAUCGUGUUCACGGCGCGUGAGAACUCUCCACUAUUGGAUGUUCCUAUAAGCCAUAUGUUUGACGGAAGAGAAUUCUAUUUGAAACCGUAGACUUUUGUAUAGCGUCUUGUGUAUUUUUUAACGAAUCAUUUGCGUCGUAUCGAAUAUAUGUACCUGGAUACAUCGCGAGAGUACGAACGGGAAGCGGGUUGGAUUAUCUUCGGAUUAACGUCGUUUUCGGUGUCCGCACGGUAAAACGUCUACGUGCCGUUUUUUUUUUUUUUUGGUUCCUAACGCAUCGAUCGUGCACGUUUUUAAAAGUAUAGUGGCGAGAAACGCGCGUUGUGCUCAUGUAUGUACAUUCCUCCCCCCCUCCCUCGGAACGACCGGCCUAAAUUUUACCAAAUCUUGACCGAUAGAUUUUUUUUCUUUUCAGCGAGAAAAUUUUUUACGAUUGGAGUUGACGUUUCUCUGAGACACCUCGUAUCUAUAUUUCUAUUAGUCUCUGAAAGAGUGAAAUAUCGCAUUAUAAUCAAAACGAAGAAGAGCGACAAUAUUUGGGCGAGAACGUUGUUACAUUUAACUGGGAGCGAAAAAGAAUCGAGUGCGAGCCCGUAAUUUCGACGGCGAGAGAUACGCGAGAUUGAAACUGUAGUUUUAUACGGUGAUUACAUUUAUUUUUUAAGAGAGCUUGUCUAAGUAGAUUUAAGUCGCUACUCAUUAUAGCAGUCCCAUAACAACAUUAGGCAUAUGUAAAUUUAUUAAUUGCAAUAAUUCUCUCGUGAAAGUUCGAUUACGCGCUGACAGCUGACUGGUCUUUGGUUCCUUCGCUUUCAGCAAGGCGCUAAAUCGCGUAGUGAUGACCGCCGCGCGGUGUCAUGCUCGUUGUCGGUGGUUUCCGGCAGAAACUUUCUAUGGAGAACUACUCUAUCGAGAUAUGUGUAUUUGUAUUUCUAUGUGUCAUUCCCGUGAAAGUUAGUCAAAACCGAGAGAGAGAAAGAGAGAGAGAGAGAAAGAUUUAAUCGAGCUUCCAUUUUAGCAUAAAAAAAAGAGAGACGCAGAACCGUUUGAAACUCGAUUACCUCGAGCUAACGUUCACGGGGACCAUCUUUAUGUAAAGUUUGUUACGUGACAUUUAUACACCGACACCGUCGGGAGAGGCAGAUUAUAAUUUAAUAAUUGUGUAUAGCGUUAAGAGAGAUAACUAUAUGUUUGAUAAGAUCCGCUUGGUAUCGCAAUCGUCUGUCAGCUUCGACGGCCUUGAUUAUCAUACUGCAAUCGAAUUAAUUGUUACAAAUUAAAGUAAUUAUAUUAAGAGAGAAUCUAUACCCUAUGCACGAUCGUGCGACGGACUUAAUUCGCUGGGCGCAGAGGCUAUUUGUCAAAAAACAUAGUUUGCGAGCUACAGUUCCUUCACCGCUCACAGUUCCGUUUUCGGUAGGCUCGAAUUUUCUCUCGCCCGUACACGCCGAUCACAUUAGUUCGCAAUACUUUUUUAAUUGUUUUUUUUAUUGGGGGGGAGGGA